AUGAAGCCUAGGAGCGGUUGGUGUGAUGCGCCACGUCUGGCGCUCAUUCUGCUCCUCUGCAUGGUAUGCUUCGUGUUUCACACCGCAGCGAGAUCCAUCGCACACAGUCGCCUCCGCGGAGCAGCGGCAGAGGAUGAGCAAGCUCGUCCAUCGCAGGUCUCGAUGCGAGCCAGGAGCGUCGCUUUUGCAGCGCAGGCAUCGCUCCUAGACGAGGAGCAAUAUCCGUUGGGCAGAUCGACGCAAGACGGCGACACCUCAAAGCAUCCAACAUCACUAGCCGCCACAAGGAUUGCUGACACUCAGUCAGAGGCGUGCUUCCACAUCAAUGGACCAUCUGGGGGUGUACUGGACCACCUGAUACACCAGCUGGGUCUCACUGGAUUGGUCAGGCGCCGAUACGACGAAGAGGACGAGGAAGGCGAGGACGCGUACGAAGAGGACAAGCCGGAUGACAGCACCUACUCUGGAAAGAGCAGCAAGAGUGACAAGAGCUCAAAGUCCACCAGCAACGGGACCAAGCAAGAGGCUGACAGCAGCAGCACUCAACGCUCAAGGUCGAGCGGCAAGACCAGCAGUGAGACUGCGAGCGAGAGCGAGGACAGCACAUCGAGCAGCAAGUCUUCCUCGAGCAAGACGCAGGACGCUUCCUCAUCCGCAAAGGAAAAGAGCAGCACUUCAAAGGCUAAACAGACCAGCACCGGCGCUGCUCCGCCCGCCGCCAGCCAAGGGAGUGCCGCAGCGCUGCCGGUCGUCACCCCAAUGGCCACGCUCCCUUCUCCUACGCCAUCACCAUUGAUCUCGGGCCAAGCGCUUGGUGUCAAUGCUAACGCAGAUCCACCUGCUGCCGUCUCGGGUAGCUCCGCAUCCCCGUCCUCCAGGAAAGCACAGCUUCUUGCGGCGCAGCUCAGUACGGCGAGGCAACGCGCACUGGACGCUUCGCGCCUAGCUAAUGGCCCCACUAAUGUCGCGACGUAUGCUGCUGGUGGCGGCUUGGGGGGCACCAGUCCAUCAGCUUCCUUCGGAGGGGGCUACAGCAGUCCAGCUAUCAGCGACAGCUGGAUCAGCCCUGCGCCAGGAGACGCUUUCACCCCCGGAAUGGAAGUGGUCCUCACUUGGCGACAACAAGCUGCCUCCACACCGGGCGUAGCUUUGAGUCUUUGCGUUCUGUCACAGCCCAGUGACCUUCGAGCGGCCCGAGCAGGUCGCUUCGUGGAUGGCGGAUGCGGUCAAAGCACCUCGCCAACCGUUUCUCCAAGUGUGAGCGGUCAGCCUAAUACUUGGGAAAUUCGUUUCCCGGCGCCGUCCGUGUCUUCGGCGGACAGCUUUUAUGUACUGCUUGCACCGGCGAGUUCCGAUUUCGCCGCUUCUUCGAACGACGUUGCAGCUCCGGUUCGUGCCUCUACUUCUGCAAUCAAGUCGAAGGAGAGCAGCAGUGCUAGCAGAACACUUAGCGCGGAGGAAUCCUCGCAGACAAAGGGCUGGUCAAGCAUGGACCCUUCUUCGAACGACGUUGCAGCUCCGGUUCGUGCCUCUACUUCUGCAAUCAAGUCGAAGGAGAGCAGCAGUGCUAGCAGAACACUUAGCGCGGAGGAAUCCUCGCAGACAAAGGGCUGGUCAAGCAUGGACCGAGAGAAGAAAGAUAGCAAAGAGAGCGAUGAAGAGGAUGGAGAAAUCGAACGCCGAGGCGUCAGAUACGUGGUCAGGCAGGCACCUGAUGGAAGCGAACAGAUGCUCUCACCCGCCUUCGUCCUGGCGCCGACUGGCACGGACCUCUCGGCCGUUCAAGCGCCGCCACCAGCGAACCCCAACGAUCAAAUGCUCGAGUCGCAAAAGUCUGGCAGAUCUUUUCCCAUUGCGGCGGUGGCAGUGCCUUUGGCGGUCGUCAGCGCAGCUCUUCUCAUUGGUGUGGCUAUGUACCUUUACCGAAGAGGUCAACGAGGAAGUUCUCAACAACAAGCAGCUCGAAUGCAACAAGAAAGCAAUGAGCGGCACUCGGUGCGACGCGAAAUGGAAGACAUGAAGCGAGCAGCUUCGAUGAGCGUCGCAAGUCUUGCACUCGCGCGCUCCUGCAGUGGACAUUCGAUAAUCAAGGACGGACAUCUGGAUAGCGCAUCGAUGAGCUCUGGCCCAAGCUACGGAGCUACUGACAUGCGCUUUGGCCAUUUGCGAGCAGCACCACGUCAAGCCCUCGCCGAUGCCUACACUCCGGUGCUGCGCUCUACUCCCCGUCGAUACCCACGCGAACGUUUUGGAGGGUACUCGAAUCUCGUCAGACAUGGGGGAAGGAGCGAAUAUGCUGCGCUAGGCUCAACAGUGGGUGCAGGUCACCGCAGAGCCGCCACGACGUACUCGACCAGAUCAGAGGAGAGCGACGAGGAGAAGCUGAUCGAUUAUCGUAGAGCGCAUGAGAUCGAGCCUUCGGAAUUGGGCGAGUCUGUUCAACCGCUACUUUCGCGCAGUGGAACAGCGUCAAGUGUGCAUCCAUCACACACCGCUUCUUCCAGCAGCACGUUUACGAGCUGUCGAGCGGAACACCAGAUGCCUCCGCCAGUUCCUGCGAAGCCCCCUAUGCCCUGCGUGCUGCGACCAGGCGCAAACGCAAUGCCGUGGGAGGUUCCCUCGGCUUCAUCACGCUCGGGACAUGUUUACGAAAGACGAAGUCCAAUACCCGAAGCCGACUCUCCAAUGACCAACCCUUUCAGCUCUUCGACACCUCGUGCUCACGCGAACCGGCAAACGCCGGUAGCCUCUCGUCUCCAAAGCCCUUCUCCUUUGCGAAAUGAGCGGGUGUGCUCUAGUGGAGCGGCGGAAGUCAGCGCGGCGUCCGGCAAGAGAGGCUCGCCUGCUGGAACUGCCAGCUUCGAAAGCGUCGCCAAGGCAGGCGAGGCCGCUGAUCUAUACGAAAAGCUUCGAAGAGCGCUAGGAGGUGCAUGA